CAACGACAACGGUAACGGCAACGGCAACGACAACAGCAAAACGAUUCGCCUGAGUACAAUAUUUCGACUGUGUAGUGAUUCAGUCAGUACGCUGUGUGGCUGUGCGAAAAAAACUAUCAAAACAUUCCGCCUGCGUUGGUGUGCCACUCGCCUCGAAGAAAAAAAGGUCCUGUAAAACAAAAAUAUUCACACAAACGAAAAGGGGUGCAGUGCUUACAAAAAAAAAUUAUUAAAAAAAUAUUUAUAAUAAAUUUUUUAUUUUUAAUAAAUUAAAGUGCAAUAAAAGUGUUUUAUCGUUGCUGCUCUGUUUCCAAAGUUGUUUCGUGUGGCAUUGUAAACGCGUUAAUUUGAAAUUGUUCGCCAGCUGCUUGUGAUUAUCUGUCUAUCUAUCUGGAUAUCUGCAUUAAUCAGCAGAUUCCGCAGUUUGUCAAUUGGUACAAAUUAUCGAAAUUUUCUCUUUCACUUCGGGGAAGCCAGCCAGCCAGUCGGUCAGCCAGCCAGCCAUGACAUCAGUGCGCAACAAUGCAGUCUCCGCCGCUCUGCUGCUGGGAUGGGUUAUUUUUGGGUGCCUAAAUAGUUCUGUUCUGGCAGAUGUCGCCCAGAAGUCAAGUGAAAAAUCACAAAACCCAGACAGCGUUGACAUAGACUACUACGAUGAAUCGAGUCCUGAAAAUAUGAAGGUGCCAGGCAAGCCUGCGCCCACACUAAUGCCAUAUUUUGAGGAGGAGAAGAAAACUGUGUAUGCCAAAGAGGACACUAAAGUGGUUUUGCAUUGUCCUGCCAAGAAUUAUAAUGAAUCUCAACAUUUGAUAAUGUGGUUCAAGAGCAAUAAUACCAUCACCACUGGCCGGGAGAUUAUCGUCGAUGCCGCUCUGGGCUAUCACCUGGACAAUGACAUGAAUUUGAUUAUUGAUAAAGUAUCGGACAAAACUAAAGGCGAGUACCAUUGCGCCAUUAUGCCACAGGAUGUACGCAUGAAGAUAUUUUUGGAAAUCGGCGAAGAGCCUAAAGUGGACCACAACGGACAAGCGAUGGUGAGCGCAAGCGCACUGUGUCUGAUGUUAGCGCUACUGGUGCGCGAAUUGAGCUUUGGAAUUGUGAGCUUAGAUAAAUUUUUUUAGGCAUUCAAUUCAAAAAAACAGUUGUUUACUUGAAACUCUAGUAUGUAAAACAAAGUGUAUUGUAAAUGUGGGUACUACUCGCAUAGCUGAGGAUAAUUGUUUUUUUUUUUUUUGUUUUUUAAUCCACAAUACUACAACACUACUACAUAGCUUACCUAAAGCAGCAGACCAAAUACAGAAGAAGUUACAUAUAAAAAAAAAAAAAUAGACAGGGUGUAUAUACUUACUUUUGAAGUAGUACAUAUAUAUGUAUGUAUACCACAUGUACUAAGUAGUGUAUGAAAACUAGUGUAAAAUCCAGCAUACUUAAUAUCUACAUUAUAAGCACCAUAGUAAUUUUAAAUUAAUACGUGUAUGUAUGUACUAUGUUUUGGAAACUUGUGGAAAGAGUUUAAUAUACGAUCUAGAAUGUUGCAUAGUCAUAUACAACUCUUAAAGCA